AUGUAUGUUUAUACAUCUAUAAUUUUUGCCGCCUUUUUUGGCGUCGCUUUUUCAAUUGAUAAAACGAAGAUUGUAGCAACUAAGCAAGGUCGAGUUGAAGGUAGUUUGGCGUCUAACGAACUCUACUAUGAGUAUUUAGGAAUCAGAUAUGGAGUUCCAGUGAAAUUUCGGGCCCCAGAAGAGCCUCCGACAUUCGACGAAGUCUACAAAGCUGAUAAUCGAGCAGUACUCUGUCCACAGUUUCCUUGCCACGAUCCUCUCGCUGCACCCAGCGAUAAUGAAGACUGCUUGGUCCUCAACAUCUUCUCCCCUAGUGCAGUCACUAACACUAGUUUACCUGUAAUCGUCUUCUUACACGGAGGAGAUUUUGGUGUUGGGUCUGGUUCCCCUAGCUUUUAUGGACCCCAAUACCUAGUCAGCCAUGGUAUAGUUUUAGUCACUGUCAACUAUAGGCUAAAUGCAUACGGUUUCCUGAAUCUAGGCACAGUAGAUGCACCUGGUAAUGCUGGUUUGAAGGAUAUCAGAGCUGCAUUGAGAUGGAUUAAGGAUAAUAUCCGAGGAUUUUCUGGAGACCCUGACAAUGUAACUGUAUUAGGGCAAGGUAGUGGCGGAACAGCAGCUAUUUAUCUUACCCUAUCAGAUUCUACUAAAGGUCUUUUCCACAGAAUUAUAUCAGAAAGCGGCCCGCUAUUUAGUCCUGGAUCGUUUGAUCCUAAACCUUUGGAGACUGCCAGUCAAGUAGCCAAAUCGUUGGGCGUUAAUACUGUAGAUCCUGUUAAACUGUUGAAGAUCUAUUCAGAAACUGAGAUUCAGAAAGUAGAAGAAGCUAUAUCUAAGCAAAUGCACGCUAAAAACGUUUUUGUGCCAUCAGUAGAGACAGUAUUCGAAGGAGAGGAAGCAUUCUUAACAGAUAAGCCUUAUAAUAUAAUAGUUGAUAAUAAAUUUCAUCCGGUGCCCGCUGUCUUCGGUCUGAAUACAGUAGAAGGUUUAACAAGUACGUUAGAUUAUAAUACAAUAACCAGUCAAAUGGAUAGAAUAAUGCAUGAAGAUUAUUCUGUUCUGGAUCAAAGAAGUUUCAUUAUUCCAAAAGAGGAUGUAGAAGAAUUUAGAACCACGUUACAAGAAACUUACUUCUCUGAUAUAAAAUCUGAAGAAACUGUUAUUGGGGGUAUAAUUAAUUUGAAUACAGAUUUUGGGUUUGUGGGUCCAAUGUCUUUGCUUUCCGAAUUGUAUGCUAACAAUUCAGUGUUGCCAGUAUACGAAUUUGUAUUCAACUAUACGGGUAAUAGAAACCUUGGUAGAAUGUUAACGAAUAGUAGUUUAUUGGCCACGACUAAUCAAGACGAGUUGUUCUAUGUUUUCGAACUGGAGAGACUGCCGUUGCCGAUGGACGAGAAUGACGCGCGGAUGGUCACUUUUAUGACCAUGAUGUGGACCAACUUUGCGAAAUAUGGCACCCCAACACCAGAACAGGAUAAUGGCCAAUGGCUUCCGUAUCCACACCACCUGGCGAUAAGUUUGGAGCCGCAAUACGUCGCACCGCUAACACCGGACCGCGCGUACUUUUGGCGCUCACUGUACCUCGAAUAUGGCGCCGAAAUAGAUUUUGGCGGGAAUAUUGACAGUUCUAUUUAA